GCUGGGCGGGGCUGUGUUGUCCCCCCCCACCGCGCCAGACCCGCGGGCCGGGAGGGGGGGGUCGCUCCUGCAUCCUCCUGCGGCUCGGAACCGCACCCCAUGCCCAACGCCCCCCCCUUCUGCGCCCUCCUUCCGCCCGCCCCGGCCCCACCUGCCGCGGAACCGCCCCGGGUCGCGAUGCUGCUGCCCAGGAGGCAGCUGGCCGCCCCGGUGGGGUCAGGAGCGAGGCAAGCGCGCUCCUCCGCCCGGGGGCUGCGGCGGCCUUAAAGGGCCAGGGAAGGGGCGGCGCGGCACUGCGGUACCGCGGUACCGGGGCGGCCGACAGGCCGGCGUGUGAAUGCGGCACAGGGGAGCGGCGGCAUCUGGCGGGAGCAGCUCCUCCCUCCCGCCAUCGCCGCCUCCUCCUUCCCCUCCGCCAGCGGCUUCUGACAGACUCUUUCCAGCCGGCGGGAGCGCCGGUGGCGGGGCCCAACCCAGCCCCAGCAUGGCUUUCCCCGGGGCGCUAGCUGAGAUGCCCAGACAGUUUCCAAAGCUGAACAUCUCUGAGGUUGACGAGCAUGUGCGACUUCUGGCAGAGAAGGUAUUUGCUAAAGUUCUCCGAGAAGAAGACAGCAAAGAUGCCCUGUCGCUAUUCACUGUGCCUGAAGACUGCCCUAUUGGGCAGAAGGAGGCCAAGGAGAGGGAACUGCAGAAGGAACUGGCAGAACAACAGUCUGUGGAAACAGCUAAAAGGAAGAAAAGUUUCAAGAUGAUUCGAUCCCAAUCUUUGUCAUUACAAAUUCCGCCUCAGGAGUGGAAAGCACCAUCAUCCAAUCCUGCUCGGUCUCCUGCAACACCAGUUCUGCCAAGCUCUUUUCUGCCAGUCCAAGUGCCGUAUGAUGUACCAGAGUUUCAGAGAGUUUCAAUCAGUGGGGACUACUGUGCAGGGGUUACAGUUGAUGAUUAUGAACAAGCUGCCAAGAGUCUGGUGAAAGCUCUUCUCAUUCGAGAAAAGUAUUCGCGUCUUGCCUACCAUCGCUUUCCCAGAACAACCUCUCAGUAUUUGUGUAGCAUGCGGAAUGAAAAAUGGAAGGUUGAAGAUGAAGUGUAUCCAGAUUUCCAUUCACCCCCAGAAGAAAAUGAAGAUCCUUACAAUCUUGAUGAUGCUCCAGAUAAUUUGGAUUAUGUUAUCAAGAUAAAAGGUGGUGUUCCAUUUGUCUAUGAUAACAAAGAAAUGAUGGAACACAACGAGCCUCGGAGUCUGCCAUAUCCUGACCUGGAGACCUAUACGCUUGACCUGAGUCACGUUCUUGCUCUAAUUGCAGAUGGUCCAACAAAAACGUAUUGUCAUCGGAGGCUUAACUUUUUAGAAUCUAAAUUUAGUUUACAUGAGAUGUUAAAUGAAAUGUCAGAAUUUAAAGAACUCAAGAGUAAUCCCCAUCGAGACUUCUAUAAUGUGAGAAAGGUUGAUACUCAUAUCCAUGCUGCUGCUUGCAUGAACCAGAAACACUUGUUGCGGUUUAUUAAGCACACAUAUCAAACGGAGCCUGAUAGGAUUGUUGCAGAGAAAAAAGGCAAGAAGAUGACUUUAAAGCAAGUCUUUGAAAGCCUUCACAUGGACCCUUAUGACCUCACUGUAGAUUCUUUAGAUGUUCAUGCAGGUCGUCAAACGUUUCAUCGAUUUGACAAAUUCAAUUCCAAAUACAAUCCAGUUGGUGCCAGUGAACUGAGGGAUUUGUAUUUGAAAACUGAGAACUAUAUUGGUGGUGAAUAUUUUGCUCGUAUGGUCAAGGAAGUAGCCCGUGAACUAGAAGAAAGUAAGUACCAGUACACAGAACCCCGCUUAUCCAUUUACGGACGGUCUCCAGAUGAAUGGGUGAACUUGGCAAAAUGGUUCAUUAAACAUAAAGUUUAUUCCCCUAAUAUGCGCUGGAUAAUUCAGGUCCCAAGAAUCUAUGACAUAUUUAGGUCAAAAAAUAUUCUGCCUAGUUUUGGGAAAAUGUUGGAGAACAUCUUUGUGCCUUUGUUUGAAGCAACAAUCAAUCCCAAAGAUCACAAAGAAUUACACCUUUUCCUCAAAUAUGUGACUGGCUUUGACAGUGUUGAUGAUGAAUCCAAACAUAGUGGCCAUAUGUUCUCUGACAAGAGCCUUAACCCUGACCUCUGGACCAGUGAGAAGAAUCCCCCAUAUAGCUAUUAUUUGUAUUACAUGUAUGUGAAUAUCAUGUUGCUAAACAACCUUAGGAGGGAAAGAGGCAUGUGUACUUUUCUGUUUCGACCUCACUGUGGAGAAGCUGGGUCUAUCACACAUCUUGUAUCAGCCUUUCUGACAGCAGACAAUAUUUCUCAUGGAUUGCUCUUGAAAAAGAGUCCUGUCCUCCAGUAUCUUUAUUACCUUGCACAAAUACCCAUUGCUAUGUCUCCACUUAGCAACAACAGUCUAUUCCUGGAGUACUCAAAAAAUCCACUAAGAGAAUUUCUACAUAAAGGACUUCAUGUCUCUCUCUCCACAGAUGAUCCUAUGCAGUUUCAUUACACAAAGGAAGCUCUCAUGGAAGAAUAUGCUAUUGCAGCCCAGGUGUGGAAACUAAGUACGUGUGACUUGUGUGAAAUAGCAAGAAACAGUGUACUACAGAGUGGAUUGUCAGAUAAGGAAAAACAGAAAUUCUUAGGGGUGAAUUACUGUAAAGAAGGGCCUGAGGGAAAUGACAUUCGAAAGACAAAUGUUGCACAGAUUCGGAUGGCCUUCAGGUAUGAGACACUGUGCAAUGAACUCAGUUUCCUCUCUGAUGCUAUGAGAACAGAAGAGAUUUCUACACUGUCGAAGUAGCUACAAAGAAACCAGAACAUUUCAAUUCCUAAGCAAGAUAAGCGGCUCAUUAACACUGAAUCAUCUGUCCUUGAUGCUACCAAGAUAUAACUGAACAGUAAAGGGUAAAACAUAGUAUCUAUGGAAGGUAAACAGCAUUUGCAGUUACCUUUUACUGAGUUGCUCUCCUUGCAAAAAUUUCAGUUUCUACAAACAUUAGGCUUGAUCAAGUUGCUGUUAAAAGUAAAUGCAAACUCAGAAUCAUGUAAUAUUUGUUUCAUACUGUCUUAAAUGUGCACUCCAUCAUAGCUUGGAAAAUAAAGAAUAUUCAGUAGUGCAUCUGUGAUAUGCACCAUAGGAUUCUGCAGAUGCUGACAGUGUACAUGCACCUGUUUUUGUCCUGCUAGUCUCAGCAGCAAUCAUGGCAUUUAGCACUUACAAGCUUAUCCCUUUAUUCAUUAGCAAAUUGUAAAGAAUGCAUAAUUUUAAGGCUACCCUUUCUUUCUGGAAGGUGUUCUGACAGUUUUUAUCCUGAUGUUUCAACAAUUAUGCAGGAAGACAAGAAAAAAAAAUUCCAUUACUCUUAGUUAAUGGCUAAUUAAAAUAACUUCCUGUUGUCAGGUAGGAUGUCUGUGAAGAACAGCAGAUAAAUGCUUUUUAAUCUAGUAACUAGAAAACAUGGUGUCAAAAUCAUCACUAUUGUAUAUUGUAAUAAUGUCUAAUUAUCUCAUAAAAACUUUGCCUUGAAAGUUGAGAACACUUUUUUAUUGCUUUGUAAUGGGAAUAUGUGGAUAUGCCAGUUCAAAUUACUUGGAAAUUUGUGCAGAUAAUUUUGGUUGCAUGUAAAGAGAAUUUUUUUACUUGAACAAAGGAAGUGUUCUUACAAAUCAGUGGUAGAAACUCCAGACCUGGGUUCUGGUCCUACUUCUGACAUCUUUUUACACCUUGGUGUUAGUUUGUAUUUUAGUCAAUCAGAGUUGAAUGAUGAGUCAAGUUGUCUAUUUAUACAGAAAUCAGCCCACUUGAAAUACGUCAUUUUCAGUCUUGUUAUAUUAAACUUUUUAUUUCUGAUGCAGUGGCUAGGAAAGUACAGCUACUGGAAUAUUUAUCAUUGUCAAUUUUUUUUCCAAUUUGGUCAUCAUUCUUAUGACACAUUCAGAAUGUAUUAGAGGUAAUAAUAACAUGAUAGCAUGUUAUUACAUGUUAUGUUGUUAUAUCCUGUAGAAGCUGCAUGUAGUUUCACACCAAAAAAGAUUCAAGGUUAGAGGCAGCAGAAGAUGUUGAUGUCUGAGUCCAACACAGCACUGCCUAAUUUGAAGGCUUCUAGUCCCUAAGGUAGGAUCUUGAGCCUACAGUUACAGACCUAGGCAACUAAUGUAAUACAGAGAGGUCAGGCAACUUAGAAAAGUAAUUCCACAUUAAUGCAUAGAAAGCACGUAAGGAAUACUAGCCAACCAAGCCUCACUGGACCUAAAAUCCUGCAUGUUACCCUACAUCAGAUAUCUUGUGCCAGUUGUAUUUCUUAGGCCAGGCCCUUCUCCUGGGGCUUGGGCACUUAGAUCCUUUCAAGAGCUGAUCCGGUCUCACUUCCUCCUGUAAAUACAGCCAGAAGUAGCAGAGGCAACAUCACCAGUACCAAGCAAUUAAUUUAUGGCAUAAAUGUGUAUGUGCAUUGCAGAAAUGGCACCAAAAUAAGGGAAAGAGAAAUCCCGUCACCUAUCUCAGAGAGGUACAGAAAGAUGAAACCUGAAGGCCCCAAGGAAGCAGACUGGGUAUAAGGCUGCUCAGAGACGGAGACCAGGGCACAUGAGCAGAGUUCUAGCCAUCCAGUCACCAUGAGAGUGAGACAGUCACAUGCAGGGAGCUGCAGUGAGUGCAGAUGUUCUUCCUCUAAAAUAUGCUGCGGGCAAGCAAACGUUUUGGUGGGAAACUUGUCUGGCUCUUCAGUGACCUAGCCUAAUGUCUGCAGUGUUCAACUGGUGCCAGAUUUUGUAUUCCUUGUGCAGCUAAAAGCUGUGUGAAACUGUGCUAUGCUGCUCAGCUGUAUGAUAAUAAAAUUGUCCAGACUUCUUAGUCAGCACCUAUUGGCCUCAAUGUUAGAAACUUUAGUGGCUCAUAUAAUGCAUUAUAAGGACUGGCGAGUGUAAUUUCCUUAUGAUGAAGUCUGAAAACAGUUGUUCAAGCAUUUCAGCUGCAUAAAAUGCAGAUGUCUUUUCAUUAGUACAAUUUACUAAUAAAUAUUUACCAACAUAACAUUAUUUACCUGUGAAAAGCAUCUGUGUCCAGGUUAAUAAGCAACAUACUUGGUUUGAAGAAAUUAAGUUAUAAGUAUUUUCAUCUGAUAAACGUUGUUUUACUUGAAUUGUUUCACCUGACAAUUGCUAUUAGUGCUGCCUAUAUUGUCACUUAAAUUUCUUACUUAGUUUUCUUAAUAUUACACCAAAUUUGUGUAUGUUUAAUAACUUUCCAGAUUUCCAUACCUCAAACACAUCAAGUUCUAGUGUCUGUAGAGCUUACUAAAAAAGCCAAAAAAACUAUCCAAAACUGCAUUUGGAUAUUCAGUUAAUAGACAGUAAUCAAGAUUUUGGCAAUAAUAACAAUACAAAAGUGGCCAUGACCACAAGUUCUUCUUUCUGUGCUUCCUUGUGUGCUGCUUUUAAGGAUAAAUUCAGCUAAUAGUGUUAUACUUAGGGAAACAAACCAACAAUAAUAGCUUCCACUACUACCUCUCUUUUGGUCAUCUUUUAGUUAGGCAGAAGUUAGAUAUUUCAAGUUCUUUGGGGUUUUUUUUAACAAAAUUGCACUAUUGUUCUAAUGUAUGUCUGUACAAAAUAUCCUUGCAUCUUAGGGUGUGUAUAUAACAAAAGGCAGAUCCAGUGUUCAGGUGUUAGUGAGAUGUGAAUAACUGUUGCACACAUUCGCUCAAAUGCAAGCCAGGGCAGCAGCCAGUCCCCUCCUGCCUGUCUGACAGCGUCCAGAUCAGAAGGAGCUACACCACAGCUUGUGCUUUAUUCAAAAAGGACAUCAAAGGGGACCAGAACAACAUCAGUGUAGGUGGUGAUUGGGGUGGGUGUUGUUUCAGCAUGGGAGUGUUCUGUUUUUCUCAUAAUUUCAUUUGUAUUAUGGUUCAAACAUUACUAAAGACUUCCUUAAAGAGAAUUUUAUACUUUCAGCUAACAUGGUUAAAUAUGGUUGUUUACAACACACCUAUCUGAACAAAUUUUAGUGAUGCUCCUUCAUUCUGUUAUGUUACUUUUGAAAACUUAAGGCGUUUGCUCUGCCACUGGAUAAUACUAUUUUUGUUCCUCAUCCCAGAGCUACCUUAUCUUAUCGUUUCAUUUUUCUUUGCUUGUGGCUAAAGCUUUCUGUUCUCUUUGCCUAGUUAAAAUGUCAGUCUCAAAAAGGGGAAGGGAUAUCGGUAAAAUGGCUUUUUCUUUCUGUGCCUGGGUUAAAUAUUUAUCUUUUGCCUCUUGUGGAAGCAUUAAACAUUACACUAAUAAAUU